UACGGCUUAUCUUGUUAGAAGCUUUGGCAACGAUAGACGCGUGUCACUUAGAUCUUGUUUAAUAAACAUGCCACUACAUGUAUCAGUAAUAAAUAUAAUGUUACCUUGAUGCCUCCUCGAGCCUAGCUGCCGAUGUAGGACUCGGUGCAUAUAAAUCGCGGUGGAGCCAGCCUCGGCUCCCUAUUGGCUCCAGCACCACCGAGCUCUCACCUUAACCCAACCUAUUCCUAUCUAUCUGUCUAACAACAUUCAGAUGUCAACAACAACCACCGCUUAGCAUUCAACCAGCUCUAUCCAACCGAAGGACCGAGUGCUUCCAUCCAGAGAGCCAUCCAUCCUCUCUGGCCGUUCUCCUUAUGACCGCGCUUUUGGCCCAAUAACCACUAGCCACACCGAACAACAACUUCCAGCCGUCACAAUGUCCAAACAAGCAAGAUACAUCCUCCUCUCGCUACCAAACUCCAUCUCCCCUUCACAUCACCGCGAUGAUGCCCUUGAAGCCAUACGCUCAAUAGUCGCGGACAACGGAAAUACAGCCCCCUUCACAGUACCAGAGUUCAAGAUCGGAACCCUGGACGCCCUUGUACAGCAGGCAGAUGAACUGGGUAAAGUCGAGGCACUUUGCGAGAAUGUCGUUAGUAAAGUAGGAGAUGUGCUUUCGAACGUGUUAGAAGGCGAUGAGGCGCAGAUAUCGAGGAUGAAGAUGGUCAAUGAGAGACCGUUGGAUCAGUACUUGCAAUCGUUUUCAUGGAACAAGGUCAAAUACAGAGCUGACAAGUCGUUGGCAGAGUUGAUUGAUCUCCUGCAAAAGGAAAUCAAUAGCAUCGAUAACGAUGUGCGAGCGAAAUUCACCCAGUAUAACAGCGUCAAGUCAAACCUGGCUGGUCUACAGAGGAAGCAAACAGGAAACCUUUCCACCAAGUCCCUGGCCUCAGUUGUUGAUCCUAGCCUCCUCGUGCAAGACUCAGAAUACCUAGAAACUCACCUUAUUGCUCUCCCCAGCCGAGAUGUCAAGGAUUUCCUACGUGCAUAUGAAACUCUCUCACCCAUGGUCGUUCCACGCUCGUCCAUACUACUUGCUUCAGACGAUGAAUAUACACUCUACGGCGUGACGACGUUCAAGAAGCACAGCGCAGAAUUCAUCCACAAAUGCCGCGAGAACCGAUGGACGCCGAGAGAAUACAAAUACGUUGAGGACGGCGGCGAAGAAGAACGCAAAGAAAUUGACCAAGUUGCUGGCGACGCUAAGAGACUGUGGGGUGAAGCUUUGAGACUCGGAAAGACUGGAUGGGGCGAAGCCGUGAUGGUGUGGGUGCACAUCCUUGCUUUGAGAAUGUUCGUUGAGACCGUCCUGAGGUACGGGCUGCCGUUGGACUUCACAUCCGUCUUGAUUAAGGUACGUACCGCAGCCCCUUCCCUGUACUCUUUCCAUAGAGUACACGAAGCUAACGUCCCUCAUUAGAGCACGGGUAAGAACGUUAAAAAGAUCAAGGAUGCGCUCGACUCAUCGUAUUCUUACCUGGGCGGUAAUGCGUUUACUCGGGACAAGAAAGGUCGGGUUCGGAAGGACGACCCGAAUGAGAUGCAACAGGUGGGCGUUCCCGACACGGCAGCCGAAUAUACAGCCUUUGUAUAUUAUGAGUUCGAGGUAGAGUAAGUUAGUUGGUUGUUAUCUUGGAAUUCGGGAUGGUACAUAGCUGCUUUGCUGUUUUUGUCUGCUUUUUGUCUACAUAUCUCUACUCCUAUGGAGUAAGUACCGUUUAGGCUAUCUAUGUGAAAUUUUAGGCAGUCCUUUUUUUUUAUCACAGGCAGAUAUAUACUUCUAGAAUUGGAUAAAAGAUCGUUAGUCUGCGAUCACCGGCAGUUUUGAUAUAUUUUCGUGUUAUUCGAUUCGCUGUUGGUGAUACAAAGAACGUUGGGCUCAAAUUGAGGAAAAACAUAUUCUUUCAAAGCCACGUACUCUACAAAGGACCUUUUCUCUCAUAGCAAAAGAGCAACAACUUCCACAAAGACGGAAAUCAAACACAAGAGGCAAACUUCUCGGUUUGAGGUUCGUUUCCUCUCAUUCCAGGAUUUGAUAGAUCCACCGGAAUUCUUGAGAGAUCAGUGGGGGGUUGCCAAUGAAGAAGUGUAGCCAGGCAAAGCCGCUACUUUUUCCAGGAGGGAUAAAACGCCGGAUAUGGGACUUCCAAGGCCAGUAACACAUCUCUGACUGCUCCCCUGCCAUAGAGCUGUUAUCCGAUCCUCAAACUGAAGCCAAAAUCCCUGAAUUGGCAGACAUCUUUCCAAACGAAACACGUUUGGUCGCCAGUCAAGAUCAUCGCCAAUCUCCGCCAAUCUCAGCCAUUCAGCGACGGCAAAUACGUUGUCAUGCUUAGCAAAUCCGGGAGUCUAGAAUUUAGACCUCCCCAGCUCCAUCGCACGGCGGAGCCAAAGCCCAGGCUGGCAACUGAGCUGCUUAGAAAUAUCUGGGUCCAGGAC